UUUGUUUAUUUUUUGAAGUUUAUGUUAGGCAUUUUGGUGGGAAAGAGACUAGGGAAGGGGAGAGGUUCAACUUGUUAGUAGAGGGAAGGGAAUAUUUUUAUGAAGAGGGGGAUAUUGGAAUUGGGGUGGAUUGAAAUUAGUUCAUUGGAAAAAGUAAUUUUACAAGGCUCUGUUCGCGUCAAUGAAGAAAUAAUUAUAAGAAGAGCACAUGAGAUUGAUGAAGAUGACGAUAUUGAAGUAUUUAUUCAACCUUUAGAAGGAAAUGAUAAAUUGGCGAUUGCACAACGUAUACUUGUGAUUGGGAAUGAAUUUGAAGAAGAAACUGGAUAUCAUUACAAAAUACGUUUUUGGCGAGAAUAUGUGACAGAUAAUUGGAAACAAGGUUUGAGGGAAACAAAAGAGGAGGAAGAAGAAGGUGUCUAA